GCCAUGCACAGGCGUCCCUGGUGCGGGGGGCUGCGGUGCUGGAGCCAAACAGGUGGGCACAGGAGACGGUGCCAUGCGGGGUGACAGGGGUAGCUGAGUGUCCCCAGUGCAGGGGACAGUGCCACGCGGGGUUACAGGGGUGCCUGGGUGUCCCUAGGACAGURGGCAGCACUUUGAGGGGUGGCAGGGGUACCUGGGUGUCCCCAGUGCUGUGCGGGGUGACAUCAGUGCCCAGGUGUUCCCAGGGGAAGGUGCCAGGCAGAGUGACAGUGCUGUACUUGGAACUCCCGGCUGCARGGGACAAACAGUGCCACAGUCAGGUGUUCGCAGCGCAGGUGACAGCGCUGUGCAAGGUGACAGUGCUGCCAGUGCCGUGACUGGGGGUCCCCAGUGCGGGGGAUAGUGUGGUGCCAAGUGACAGAUGUGUCAAGUGCUGCACCCAGGUGUCCCGCAGUGCAGGGGACAGUGCUGCGCCCGWGGGUUCCCGGUGCAGGGUCGCUGCUGUGCUGGGUGGCAGGGUCCCCGGUGCCCCCGGUGCAGGUACCGGUGCAGGUACCGGUCCCCGCGGUCCGUCAGGCAGCCCCGGUGCGGGGGUCCCCGCCGAGCCCGGGCUCCCCGGCGGCGGCGCGGGGCCGGGGCCGCCGGCGGAAAGUGUGUCACUGGGGCACGAGGCUGUCCCCGGGAAUCACAUGGGGGAGGCGGCGGCGCCGCGUGCGGCCCAGUGCGCAGCCGCGGCCGGUGCGGGGGGCGGCGGGGCGGGCGGCGGGCGCACAACAGCCCUCACCGGGCGGCGGCACAGCACGGCUCGGCGCGGCUCCGCUCUGGGAGGCUCACGGGGCCAAGACAGGAUGGCGGCCCCCGAGGCCGGCAGCACAGGUCAGUGCCCCGCCGGAGCCCCCCACCCCCGGGACAACCGUGCGGGCACCGGCACCGGUCCCCAACACCGGAGCGGAUUGGGGGGCAGCGCCCCGGGACCGCGGCGAGGGGCUGCGCGCUGAGACAGCGAGUUGGAGGGGUCCGGACACCGGGACCGAGGGGUCCCGCACGCCCGACCGGGCAGGAUGCGCACGGGGACCGCGUCCCGGAACGGGGCUCCGUCCUACCGGGACCGGGGGGUCCUGCAGAGCGGGGUGGGGUGAUCAGCUACGUGGGCUCCAACGGCGCCUCUCCCACCCGCACCAGCCCCGUGUCCCUGUGCAGCGACAGCUCCAACRGCAGCUCCCAGUCGGGCUCCCAGCCUUUCCCCACGUACUUCCCACCGUCGCCCACCGGCUCCCUCCAGGAUUCCCGCGCCUACAACGGAGCCACGCUGGCCCCCCAUGAGGACGGCUCCCCUUCCUCCUCCUCCUCAUCCUCCUCCACCACCACCUCCUCCCCGUACGGCUCCUCGGUGAACUUCCCCGGGGUGCAGCCGGUCCCUGCGGACGAGCGGCGCCGCAGCUCGCCGAGCAAAUCCGGCAGCACCGUCACGAAGCUCAACGGGAUGGUGCUGCUCUGCAAGGUCUGCGGGGACGUCGCCUCCGGCUUCCACUACGGCGUCCACGCCUGCGAGGGCUGCAAGGGCUUCUUCCGCCGCAGCAUCCAGCAGAACAUUCAGUACAAGAAGUGCCUCAAGAAUGAGAACUGCUCUAUCGUCCGCAUCAACCGCAACCGCUGCCAGCAGUGCCGCUUCAAGAAGUGCCUGCUGGUCGGCAUGUCCCGCGACGCCGUGCGCUUUGGGCGCAUCCCCAAGCGGGAGAAGCAGCGGAUGCUGGCGGAGAUGCAGAGCGCCAUGGGCGGCAUGGCCAGCGCCCCACCGCCGAUGCCGGGCCCCGGCGAGGGUCCCGCCGCGGGCGGGGGCCGUGCGCCGCCCCCCGGCCCCCCGCCACUCGCCCCGCCCGCCUGCUUCUCCCAGUUCCCGCAGCAGCUGACGCCCCCUCGCUCGCCCAGCCCCGGCGGGGCCACCGAGGAUGUCAUCGCGCAGGUGGCCAAAGCCCACAAGGAGAUCUUCAUCUACGCGCACGACAAGCUGGGACCCCCUCCCGCCUGCGACAGUGGUCUGCUGCGCUGGGACGCGCCCCCCGCCUGGGCCCCCGGCCCCCCCGAGCCCCGGCUCUGCCCCGCCGCCUACCCCGAGCCCCCGGCCCCGCGGGGGUGCCCCUGGCCCCGCGGCCCCAAGGACAUCCUGCCGGCGUGCCCCAUGAACAGCCACGUGCCCGGCCGCAGCGGGCGCUCCGUGCAGGAGAUCUGGGAGGAUUUCUCCCUCAGCUUCACCCCCGCCGUCCGCGAGGUCGUCGAGUUCGCCAAGCACAUUCCCGGCUUCCAGGCGCUCUCCCAGCACGACCAGGUCACCCUGCUCAAGGCUGGCACUUUUGAGGUAGGUCCCAGAAUGGYGAGAGCUCGAUGGAGGGCUUGAUACCCCAUGGCAUCACACGGUGCUCCAU